GAUGCAAGUCAAGUCUGGAAUGAUGAAGAGACACAAGCUGUGAUAGUGUGUACACCAACCUGUACUCACCAAACAGUUAUAAUGGAUGCCUUAUCUGCUGGUAAAGCCGUUUUCUGUGAGAAGCCUCUAGCUCCUGACCUAACCAGUGUAAGAGCCUGUUAUGAGAAAGCUAAGGAAUGUGGCCGACCACUCUUUUGCGGUUUUAAUAGGAGGUUUGAUUCGUCAAAAAGAUCACUGAGGGAUCGGAUUCAAGUUGGUGAGAUUGGCCAGGUCCAUCGUAUUAAAAUAGUUUCAAGGGACCCAAAGGCACCAACGUUAAAAUACCUCAAAGAUUCAGGUGAUAUCUUUCAUGAUUGUGUCGUACAUGAGAUUGACCUGGUCUGUUGGCUAACCAAUGAGUUUCCAGAGACGGUCUUUGCCCAGGGCCAUGCAUUCGACCCAAGGAUUGCAGAGGUAGGGGAUUUGGAUGAAACAUUGGUCUCUCUGAAGUUUCCAUCUGGAAUCCUCGUGACCAUAGACUCGGGCCGAGAAGCCUCAUUUGGAUAUGACCAGCGGCUGGAGGUUCAUGGAUCGAAAGGAAUGCUUCAAAUUGGCAACAUGAGGCCAACUGAAGUGACCAUUCACAAAUCAGACGGAGCGACCCUUGAUCCGGUGCAAUAUUUCUUUGCAGAGAGAUAUGCAGUGUCAUACCAGCUUGAAAUGACACAUUUUAUAGACAUUGUGAAAGGUGAAGUCAACUCGAUGGAAGUUACCAUGGAAGACACCAUAAGAGCGAUUAGACUCUGUGAUAUAUGUUCAGAGUCAUUCCGAAAGAACCAAGCUAUCACAUAUGUAGGUGUAGAAUAGGUCAAGGUCAAUUUCAAAGUCAAUUUCAGGUUUUAUUCAAUUUUGAAAUUUUUAGGGCAAGCCUACUUUUCCAUAGGGCAUGUUUCUUUACUACAGCACAAAUGGAAAAAAAUAAAAAAGGCAUUACAAAUCUCCAAGCCCAAUUUAACGGUAUAUACAGCCAUGGCCUUCAAUGGAAUCAUUUUGAUACUUGCUUUUAAUCAACAUACAAUGUACUUGUAAAAAUAUAUAUGUUUUCUAUUAGAAAACAAUAUUACAAAAUAACCAUAUCUAACAAGAUAGAUGUCUGCUUGACACAAAAAACAUAGCAGCUUUUGUUAGAUAUUGUUGGGAAAAAGGAUGUAUCUGGAUAAAACUGUUUUUUUAACCUGGAUGUGAAAAAAUUAGAAAAAUUAAGCAUUUAAAAAAAUAACCUUUAAAGUAUACCUCAAUUCCUAACCCCCCAUCACCAGAUAUUAAUGCCCAUUGAUUCUACAGCAAAUGUAAAUUUCUCGAACUUGAGUCGUUUUUCUAGAUUUCAUUUCUCACCGCUUAUAGCUCAGGUACACCCUUUUGCCAUAUUAUGGCUGUGUACUUCAAUUAAAAAAAAAGAAUAAUAAUAGUGAUUUUGAAUUUGACAGUUCAAAUGAAUUUAUUAGCAUGCUCAGAGUUUUUCCAAUUCUGGGAAUUCCUGAGCUGCUGAAAUUUGCCAAUUUUUGCGAAAAAAAAGAACAAACAAUUGUGAAGUCAAAUUUAUAGCACAAUUAUUUCACUAUGUCGUAAUCCAGGUAAAAAAUGCUGAGCAUCAUUCAUUUGUCCACACAACUCUCUGGACAACUUAUUUUGUGGAAACUUUGAGGAAGAAUUGCAACCAUGACUUGCAACAAUACAUGUCUCUCGACUCUGCACAACGUAUCAAUGUCACCUCCUACCCCAUUGACCUUGUACGCAAGAUCUUGCCGAGUUUUGUUGCAUCAUGUAUGAACAAAAACCUUUUCAUACAUAUGCUUUCUUUUUGGGUCUAUUUCAUACUUGGUAGUUCCUUUAAGGCCACCGCACAUCUUACGACCCGACUGGUCUGCAACUGAGUAAAGGGAAAUGUGACGUCACAGCUCUUGUCAGCUUGAGAUUCGCAGACCGGUCAGAGACAAAUCGCACUGAAAAUCGUAAAGGAUUCGGCAUGUCAAUUCCUUACAACUGGAUCGCAAGCUCACUCCAACUUCCAGCCAAUCAGACAGCAGAGUCGCACUUAAAUACGGACACGUACGUGAUGUGCAACGCGCAUACGCAGUUGCUAAGGCAAAAGCAAAAAGCGCAUGCAUGAGUCGCAGACAGCAGGGUAGUCGGAUUGCAAGAAGUGUUGUGUCGAGGCUGGUGACUACCUCGCGAUUCAUCUCCCCUCACUCAGUCGCAGACCAGUCGUAGAGCAGUCGGGUUGAAUAAACUAUGGUGUGCGGUGGCCUUUAGAGUCAUGCAAUAUGUCUGAAAUAAUCUUGAAAUAAAUCACUGAAAAGAUUCAUGUGAUUGGUUUGUAGACAUGAAGAAACAAUCCUUUGUUUCCACAAUCAAAAAUGAAUUUUUACCUGUUUUUGGUAAGCUAUCCCUUGAGAAGCUGCAGGCUUCGUCGGGCUUCUCCAGCUACGACAAAGGUCCGGUGAAGCUUGCAGCCUCGCAAGCGAAAUCUUACCAAAAAUACGUAAAAAUUCUUGAUUGUGAAAAAAAAAAGGAUUUCCUCAAAUCUAGAAAUAGGUGUGGUAAAAUCUCCCCUACUUUGACAAAAUAAAGCAAGUAGUAUAAAAGUAAUUUCCUGUAAUACAGUGAAAUCAGUACAUGGAUCUCAGUGCAUUAGUAUGUUGGUUAACCGGCUGUAACUCAAGGCACGAUCAGUGUUUUGAUAUGAAAUUUUGCUUCGAUGAAGAAAUCUAUUUUGAAAACUUCAAACAUAUUAAAAUUGCAGUUUAUUUGAUUUUUUUUCAAAGCAGGGCAGAAAUUGUUGUCUCAAGUAAAUGUACAGCUUUGAGAAUAAUACUUCUUUGUAUUGGUAUUUUAGGAAUUUAUGAUUAUGUAUUAGUUUUUUAACAUAAUAUGAAAAUGGUAUGAGACUGUUUGAUAUUAUUAUAAUAAGAAUGAUAAUAGUUCCAUCUACAUAGGUCUGAAUACUUUGUGUGUAUAAUCGCUUUACAUUUAAUUACCAUAACUGUAGCUAUUGGAUUACGAUAUGCCUCCACACAAUGUACGCAACUUCUCCACUCCUUGGGGAGCAUUCAAGCAAGAGUUAAAGACUCAAUUGCUAGACAUAUUUCGUAGGCUGUUACAUCCUACAGGGUACCCAUUUAACACCUGGGUGGAGAGUGAUAAAGUGUGGAUUGGCGCCUUGCCAAAGGACGUUAGGACGCUGUGGGAUCCAAACACACAACCCUACUAUUACAAGGCGAGAGUCAGAACUGCUUCACCCAACGCUUCCACACAAAUAUUCUUCAUUAUUCAUAUACAACUUUAGUAUUGUGGGAGAUGCCUGACCAUUUAUUCUUUCUUGGAAAUGAGAUAUCUUGUAAGGGUGCUGCAGUCACAUUUCCCCGGCCUUUGGCCGUGGUACGGCGAGUCGAAAACAACCAUUUUAACAUUUUUGUACCAGCUAAUAAAAAGGCUUAUUUCGACUCAUCGUACGGCCGCCGUAGGGGAAAUACGACUGCAGUAUAGAUAGAUUUUCAGAGUUCUAUGUCUCGAAAUAUUUCAGAGAAAUUUAUUCAAUUUCCAGCACAAAUGUGAUAUCAUUGUAACAAAUUUUGCCUUUCACUGUCUGUCAGUAGUAAGGUGUGUGAGUUGAUUAUAAACUUUUAAUAUGAUUGUACUUUUUAUUUUUAUUACUGCCUUUUUCAAAAUUUGGACAACGAUGCGAGAAUGAUUGAUUUAUGUGAAAACGGAAAUAUAUAUAUAUAUAUAUAUAGUAAAUCAUUACAAUUUGUUUAUUUGGACUCGUUACUUCAGGGAGAUUGGCAGAGACGGAGGGGAAAUUGCAGGAGGCAGAAGAAGUGGGAGGGAAUUGUUAUGGAGAAAUAAAGAUAUAUUAUAGAAAGAGAGAGAGACAGGCAGAUAGAUAAAAAGAUUCAUAGUGAUAAAAAUGUUUCAGUUUUCAUUCCAGCUAAAAUGCUGUCUGUAUUAUAUCAAACGGUUUGGAGCAAAACUUUCUCCCGCCAAGAAGGCGGAUCGAAAGUCACCUUCAGAAAUUUCAGAAAUCCAUUAACCAAACAAUCCAAGGAAAUCUUUUUUUCUACUUAUUAUGUGGAAAACAAGAUUCACACAAUGAAAUGGCGAAACUAUUAAAAAGUACAAAGAAAUUUUUGUAUUUAUUAUCAAGACGAGAUAAAAAGACAAAUUUUUCUUUGUGCUGGAAUAGAAAGUACCAUGGAAAAUACAAAAUAGCAGCAGUAAUAGUGUUAAUGAUCUUAAGGUAUAAAGGUAACAGUUUCAAAGAUAUAAAAAGCACUUGAGAAUGAAUUAAGCAUGCUCACAUUAAAGUGAGAGAUUAAAAGGGCCAUCUAUUACACAAAUUCAGUAAUAUGAUACAUUGUGAUAUAAACUUACAAGUCAUUUUUAAUAACUACAAAUACAAAUUUUAAAAUGAUUCAAAAUAUUUUUUGUCUGCUGGAAACAGAAAUUAAGCCUCCACUGGCUUUUUCUGAGAACAAAGAGAGUCAAAUAAUUGAACUGAAUAUGUCCUGAACACAAAUGACCAAUAAAUGUUUACUUUGAAUUUCAAUGAAAUCAUCGAUUUGUGUCUUAUUUUACAAAGAAGUAAAAAAAAUAGCAAAGGCAAUGUCCCUAACGUGACAUCACCCAUUUAUUCAAUUCCGAUUUAAAUUUUUUUAAAACUUGAUACACUGGCAGCAGUACUACAUGCAGUUGACACAAUGAAUUACUACAUCACAUUAGUAAGAGAUAAAAACAAUCUCUUAAUAAAAAAAAAUACAAUAUACAUAUAUAGCAUACAGUAAGCUGACCACAGUAAUGCACCUACGAUAUACAUGUAUUUCAAUAAAAUCAUGAAUAAAACAUUUUUAAUACAUUGGAAAAAUAUGAAAUAUUUGAACGAGGUGACGUAUCAAACAACGUUACAUCGUAAUAAAUUUGAGUUUGUACUUAAAAUGGAUAUUACAGUUAGUACUUUGUACAAACAGAAAAAUAAUCAUAUUUAGAUAAACAAUAUGGUUGAAUAAUACAAGAUAGUAACAAUUAUUUACAAAUUGAUUCACAUGUCCAACUUUAAAAUAGAUACAACUGUACUUCAUGCAUAACAUUUUUGAUAGACGAGACAAAUUAUUGAUUAAUAAUCAUAAAUGACUGGGAAUAGUGCAUGAUAACGCUCACUUGAUUUUCUGAGAAUGAUUUUGUGCAUGAAAAAUUGAUGGGUCCCAUAUAUCACUAUGCUACACAGAUAAAGAUAAGAAUUACGGUAUCUUCAAUUCCUUGAAUUCAUUUUGCAAAAUAAGAUAAAAAAUGUGUUGUUGUGAACAUGCAUCAUGCUGAACAUUAGAAAUCAGCACUGCAGUGACUUAGAAAACCUUCACAUGUAAUUUAGACCACUUUAACGCUUGUGUGUAUUCAAACCUUAAAAACAAGGAAAUAGAUAAAUUAACCAAUCAAAACAGAGCAUGUGUCUGAAACAUAUUUUUAAUAAAAUCAGCUGUUAAAUUUUGGAGUGGGCUGUAUAGGAAGCAUAAUAACUUGAGUUUGUCCUGCAUCUAUCCUGAUUACCAGGUCCCUUGGAAAGAACCUUAAAAUGUUGGGUCCUCUUGUUUCUUGCGAAAAAAGCAUUCAUGCUUUCUUAGCGAUCAGGCAAAUACCAAAUAACACCAAAAUCUCCCUAGAAAAAAAAGUUCUAAAAAGUUAACAAAUGAAUUGGGAACAAAAAGUAGAUGUACGCACGAUGUGAAAAUAUAAAAUUGUUGAAUCGAGUACUGAUUUUCAUGAAUUUGGUCACAAAUAUCAAUUUCAAAUUCGGUACUAGAGCACUGUUUCAUGAAAUGUGUUUAUUUCAACAACAAAUCUGCUUUCAACAUAUCAAAUGACACAUUUUUAUACUUUAUAAUUAGCUUUUUAAUUAUAGAUUUUAUGACACACGGCCUUAUAAAUUGUAAUAUACUUCAAUCAAUUCAAUCAAACAAUAAUAAAAUAUAUUACUUUAUUUGUACAUGUAUAGCAGGCUAGUAGCACACAACAUUAAUUGAAGAAAGUCUUCUAACAGGUAUCUGCUGAAAAAUUUGCCCCAUUUUCACAAGAAGUUCAUUUUAUGCUGUAUUUAGUAAAUCAGAUAAGAUCUUCCACCUGCAUAUUCUAAUAACUUACAGAUGAACCGCAUAAUACCAGGGGCUGUUGCACAAAAUAUCGCAAUCAAACACAACUGCAAAUAAACCUCGCAAGUUAAUUUGCAAACAAUCAAAAGCCUGUAUUUGGGACUUAUACUUGAUUUUUGGUUUGGUUGUGAUUAAACAUGACUACUUGUGCAACGAGCCCCAGAAAUCCCAUCUUGAGUUAAGCUCAAAAGUUAGUGAAUCCCACCACAAAAUGCACUCCUUCGUGCUGAGUGUCGACAACAACACUACAAUUUCCGGCGAGCCCAUAGAAACAAACUUUCUUGAAAGUAAUAUUUUAUCACCUAACUUCACAAUUAAUUAUCUAAAACAUGGCACAACUUGAACACUUUAACUAUCUUCAUUUUCUGAUGAGGUUCACUAACUUGAGCACCACUGUAUGUGUGUCUUUACCACAGAAACAAAUACUAAACCUGUCUCAAAGUCAAAUCAUUUCAGAAGAACCAUUUCAAUCUACAAUUUGUUUCCGGGGCCCUUUGUAGAAAGAGUUGUAAUCAAAUGCAAUUCCAAAAAUCAAGCGCAACCUGACUUUCAACCGAUGAAAAGCAGGAAGUUGGAACUUGCGACUGCUAUUUCUUAUUUGCAUCACAACUCUCUGCAUCAGGCCCCUGACAUUUACUGCUCUCAUUCAAGACACAAAGUUAAUAUUUCAUUCUGUUAUAUCAUGGAGAAAAUAUACCCCAAGAAACUAUUUUCCAUAUAGAGUGCAGCGAAUACAAGGGUGACAUUGUCAUCGAUAUUUAACAUAAAUUUGGUGAUUAGAUGAUCACAGAGAAAAGUGAAAGACCGACAGAAAUUGCAGCAAAGUUGUAGUAAUUUAUCAUAAUUACAAACACAUGUUUAAAACCAACUCACAUCAUAUACAAUCAUGAUACUGAAAAAUGAAUGAAGCCACCAAGUCAAUACCUCAGAAUUAAUCAAAUACAACAAAUUAACACACACACAACCGUCUGUUAGAUUUAGAAACUUUGAAGAAUCAAUUACACAGAAUUAAUCAAAUACAACAAAUUAACACACACAAAAGAAAACAUCUUUUAGAUUUAGAAAUUUUGAAUGGUAUCUACAGGCUAAGUUGGCUAACACUCUACAAUAAAAACCAACACCCAGGUCAUAAUUUCACAAACAAACCACCUUAACUACGCACUACCACACA